CCACAUCUUUCCCUCAUGGAAAACUGCAGGAGAUCUCCCCUCAAGCCCUGGAAAAAAGGACCCGCUAGGGGCAAAGGCGGCCCCCAGAAUGCCAUGUGCGAGUACCGUGGCGUUCGCCAAAGAACGUGGGGCAAGUGGGUGGCUGAGAUCAGAGAACCCAACAAGAGGACCAGACUCUGGCUCGGCUCCUUUGCCACUGCGGAAGAGGCUGCCAUGGCCUACGACGAAGCAGCAAGAAGAUUAUACGGCCCAGAGGCUUACCUCAAUCUGCCUCAUCUCAGGUCCACAUUCAACCCUUUGAACAAAUCACACAAGUUCAAGUGGUUCCCCUCGAACAAUGUGGUUUCCAUGUUUCCCAGCACUGGGCUGCUGAAUUUGAAUGCUCAGCCUAGUGUGCGUGUGAUUCACCAGAGGCUGCAAGAACUCAAGAAAACAGGGGUUCUUGGCCAGGAUUCUUCGUCUAGCUCAUCGUCUAGUGAUCCCAAAACUGACAUGCACAAUGUCAGGGAGCAACCCCAACUAGAAAUUCCUGAAGCUAAUGAAAAAGAGAGCACUGAAUUCUCAUCUGAAAAUAAAGUAAUUACCUCUGAAGAGAAGCCGCAGCUUGAUCUGAAUGAAUUCCUCCAGCAGAUGGGGGUACUGAAAAGAGAUGAUAAGCCUUCUUCUAGUCAUGAUAUGUCUAAAAGUUUCACGGAGAUAGAAUCAUUAUCAUUCAAGGAUGAUGAAGAUGGAUUUGGCAACUUGGCAGAGAAAAACUUUAACUGGGACACAUUGAGUGAAAUAGCUGGGGCAGAUAUGACUCUAGGAGCAGAAGCCAGUACCUUCAAUGCACAUGACAGCAAUGAAGAGCUGAUAUUUCCUCCAUCCAUCUGGAAUUUUUAGAAGAGUAGGGAAAUUUUUGUAAUCACAGGGGUCAAUACCAUAGGAAUAUAUCACCCUAUAAUAUAUACUAGUUAAGUCAUCCUUUUUGAUGUACUAUA